AUGUCUUCUCAAAUAAGGAAAUAAAACAAACUAUAGGUACAUAUUAUUAAUAUUACAAAAUAAAGUUUCAAUGAAAUUCGUUGGCUUAUUUAAUAAGACGGAUUCUAUUGUAUGGAUAAUACAUUCGGGGUGUUAUUGCAUAAGUGAGUAGGGGGUCGCGUGUCCUCCGUUUCUUUCUAAUAAAUAACAAUCUCACACUAUAUAAACCCAUAAUCUAUUCUGCAGAGACAUAUUCAACGAUUAAUCAUGGCUUCUUACACUCCAAUGUAUUUGGUCUUCUUGACAAUUUUAAUCAGUCGUCCAAUCAUCGGUGUUCAAGUGUACGAACAACCAGAAUUCAAAUCAUCUCGUCCUGUUGAAUCAGAUAAUGGUGCACAGUCAAAAAGUAAUGUCUUAUUUAGACAAUUUAGUAUGGGAGGUGGCGCUCAAAUUUCUGGUUCUACCAAUGGCUUUGGUCAUGGACAAGCUGGAGCAUCAGGCAUCGGUAGUGGUUCAUCUCAUGGAUUUGGCCAAGGACAAGGUUUCAGUAGUGCAUCUAAUAAUGGUGCAGGUACUUUAGAAGCAAGCUAUUUGAAUAGCAAUAAUGGAGGAUUUGGGAACGGAGCAGCUGGAAGUGGCAAUGGAUUCGGAAGUGGGUCUGGUAACGGAAAUGGAUUUGGUUCUGGAUUUGGUGAGGGAAGUGGAACAGGAACUACUGGUUCAAGUGGUGGUUUUGGGGGAGGCAGUGCAUUUGGAGGUACUUCUUCUGGUAGUGGUGGACAAGGUUUUGAAGGAGGGAAUGGUCAAGGCACAACUGGAAAUUUUGGUAAUGGUGGAUUAUCAGAGGGUAAUUUCGCAAAUGGAUUAGGAGUUAGUGGUGGAACGACAUCUGGAAAUGAGUUUAGUAGUGGUAAUGGAGCUACAUUUGGAAGUGGCUUCGGUUCAGGUAAUGGUGCAGGUACCUCUGGAGCUGUAACCGGAAAUGGAUUUGAGUCUGGUAACGGAAACGGAUUUGGGUCUGGCAGCGGAAAUGGAUUUGGGUCUGUCAACGGAAAUGGAUUUGGGUCUGGUAACGGAAAUGGAUUUGGGUCUGGUAACGGUAAUGGAUUUGGUACUUCUGGUACAAGUGGUGGUUUUGGGGGAGGUAGUGAAUUUGGAGGUACUUAUUCUGGUAGUGGAGGACAAGGUUUUGGGGAAGGUAAUGGUCAAGGGGUGACUGGGAAUUUUGGUAAUGGUGGAGUAUCAGGGGGUAAUCUCGUAAAUGGAAUGGGUAGUGGUAAUGGAGCAACAUUUGGAAAUGGCUUCAAUUCAGGUAAUGGUGGUAGCUCUGGAGUAGCAUCUGGAAAUGGAUUUGGGUCAGGUACUGGCGGUACAUCUGGGGCGGCAUCUGGGGCGGCAUCUGGAAAUGGCUUUGCGGCAGGUAGUGGUGGAGGUGGAUUUGGAGGUGGGCAGAGUAAUGGAUUUGGAAAUGGUCAAGUAGCAGGAUUUGGGGAAGGGUUUGGGUCAGAAACAGGGGAAGGUUACGGAGAAGGUGAAGGAUUUGGUUCAGGAGCUACAUUCAAUGGUGGUUCUGGAAACUUACAAGCUCAAAAUCAAGUAUCUCAAUUAGGAAGUGGUGCAGGUGGUCAAGGUGGUGGGUCAUCAGGAGGAGGUAUUGGAUUUGGUUUUGGUGGAUCUGGAAACGGAGAUUUCGAUGUAAAAAAAUGAAAAAUAAUUUUGUACUUCAUUAUAUUUUAAUUUAUCAACAUAUUUAUUUAAUUUAUCAAUUCUCUGUGUAUUCAAUUAACCAAAUUUAAUAAAUUCUAUUUAUAUACUUUAAGAUUAUUUUAGUAUCUGAAAACGGAGAUAUCAAUAUAAAAAAAUAAAAAAUAUUUUUGUAAUUAUAUUUUUAUUUAUCAACAUAUUUAUUUAAUUUAUCAACUCUCUGUGUAUUCAAUAAACUAUAAUAUUUAAUAAAUUCUAUUUAUAUACUUUAAGAUUAUUUUACUGUAAUUGUUUAAGAUUAAGUUUGUAAACUCGCAUAACCUACGUAUAAGUUAAAGUUUGUAGUAAACAUAUAUUUAUAAAAUCAAAAUUAAAAAAAAAAAAAAAAA